AUGAAGAACCGAGAGGAAAAGCUCGAGCUGUUCUUGGCUGUUUCGGUCAACGCCAGCAGCUGCCGAGCCGCGCCGCCCGCAGCGCCCCAGGCCUCGGCUCGCCGCACGCAGCACCCCACCUGCGCCGCCGACCCGCUCCACGGCAAGCCCCGCGCUCGCCCCACCAGCUCCAGCCCCGCCGCCUCCCUCGCCGCCUCCACGCUUGCCCUCGGCGCAGCCCGCCCGGACUCCACGCCGCGCUGCUCUCAAGCUGCCUCCUGCCCGGCCCGCACACGCAUCGGCAGCAGCAAACCACCUGCAGCUCCUCUGGCCGCGCGCGCCUCACCACCAUCCAGGCCACCCUGCCAGCUCCCGCUUGGCCCGCUCCACGCCUCACGCCACCACGCAUCCCCUGCUCGAGGCCAACCACCUCCGCUCGCCAGCUUCCGGCCGCCCGCGCGCAGCAGGCCGCGCAUCCCAGGCAGGCCCGACCAGACCACCACCGCAUCUGCCCCGCUCGCCCUGGCCACUGGCCCGCGCUGCUCCUCCUUCCGCCCCAAUCAGCUUGCCCCCACGCGCUCACGCUCCUUCGUCGCCUCCAACCGGAGCAAACCGGGCGGCACACCGGGCCACCCGGUUGAAACCGGAGCACAGACCGGUGCCAUCCGGUGCAAUCCAGGGGCUCCAUCCGGUCCGGGGCCCGGUCUGGACCGGGCACGCCAGUCCCAGAUCCGGUUUGACCGGGUUCUGGACCGAUUUGAUCCAGUUUCGUCCAAUUUUGACUCCAUUUUUUGCCCCAAAUUUUGA